AGAGUUGUGGGCCGGGACACCAACACAAAAAGCUGAAAGAUGCUAAAAUAUUUUUACAGUUACAGUUGUGCAUGAAUUUGCCAAACAGUGAUGUAUAUUGAUAUUAGAAAAUAUCCUUAUGCCUUAAAAUAAUGUACCAGAGACAAUGAUACUGGAGCUCAUAAGGACUCAGUGAUUGACUCUACCUGAAGUCAUAAGUAAAGAAAGCUUAGGUUUGCAGUAUGUAUUCAGUUGGUUUCUGAAUGAUGGUACCAAACAUCGACUACUUCACACUUCCUUUAUUUAUGAAAACUCAGGCUGUGGAUUUGUGAUUAAUUACUGUUUCUUUAGUUCCCCUCUGUGGACUGUCUGGAUGUGGACUUCUUACUAUCUUGUGAGUGUUUGCACACGCUGCAUUUUCCUGUGAAGGCCAUUGAGUUUACUUGCAAUUUUUUUUCAUAGUGUAAUAAAGAAAACUAUUUUGUCCUGUCCUAAUACAGGGACAAACAACUGAACAAGAUGCUUUAAAUUCUUCUAAAACACAAAUAAAAGUAUUUCUCAUCACCCUAGUGUGGUAUGAAAUAUCUUGCAGCAGAUGAUUGAGUUAGAGCAAGAAAAUAAGUGGUGGCUAUGUGCAACUUGAGGCUGCUCCAAGCAUAUAACAAAUACACUUUAUUACUGUGUGAGAGACGUUUCUCAGAGGGCUGAUGAAAGGAAUGGGCUGUUGUUUCUGUCCCCAGAGCCCUCCUCCCUCCCUACAUGCCCCCCUAAAAGAACGUAUCUGAUCUUUUUUUUCUAUUAGGUUUUCUGUCAAAUGCCUCUGCUGCAGCGGGUCUGUGGCUCUCUGGAUUUUUCUAUAUUUGGGGCUUUGUGUGGAUGUUUCACCUGUUAAAAGCACACCCCGUAGUUCAUAGACGGAUCCACCAACCCCGCUGAUAACUGCCGCUUGUCAUUUUGCACGUCAGAGCGGAGGAAUGAAAUGAAUGGAGCAGACUGAAGCAACAGCUGCAGUGACUGCAGCACAAAUACAAUCAGUGAGGUCUCCAUUAGCACUCACGGUCAGCUCCGCUCAUAAUUGCAGUUUUCACAGUUGAAGUUCCAGCUGCAGGUGCAGAUGGAGAAGAAAGACAAAGCAUAGGAGCAGCCGGAAUUAUUGUACAGCGCUCAUUAUGUUCCAUCAGCUGACGGAUCAGACAGUGAAUGGCAGCUGCAAUGGACCCACACCUGUGUGCAAUAGGAGCGCUGAUGGAGACGCACUCCAGCUGCCCACUUUCUCCACCGCGGCCAAAGUCAGAGUGAUCAUCACCUUUACUCUGUGCGCCGUGUCAGCUGUGUGCAACUUGGUCGUGCUGUGGGCUGCCAGCAACGGCGGCAAGCGCAAGUCUCACGUCAGGAUCCUGAUAAUGAACUUGACGGUGGCGGACCUGCUGGUGACUUUCAUCGUGAUGCCCGUGGACGCGGUGUGGAACAUCACGGUGCAGUGGCAGGCGGGAGAUGUCGCCUGCAGGCUGCUCAUGUUCAUGAAACUGGUGGCGAUGUACUCGUGCGCUUUUGUAACUGUGGUCAUUAGCUUGGACAGACAGUCUGCCAUCCUCAAUCCCCUGGGCAUCAGCGAGGCCAAGAGGAAAAGCAAAAUCAUGUUGACUGUUGCCUGGACGAUGAGUGUGAUCCUCUCACUCCCUCAGAUGUUCAUAUUUCACAAUGUGACCAUCACAGUCCCAGAGAACUUCACCCAGUGCACCACCCACGGCAGCUUUGUCCAGCACUGGCAAGAGACCCUCUACAACAUGUUCACCUUUGUGUGCCUCUUCCUCCUGCCUUUGGUCAUCAUGAUCUUCUGUUACACACGAAUCUUUGUAGAGAUAUCCAGUCGCAUGGCUCGGAGUAACCUGGUGUCUAGAGAUGUUCAUCUCCGCCGCUCUCACAACAACAUCCCCAAAGCUAGGAUGCGGACUCUUAAGAUGAGCAUUGUCAUCGUGACAUCAUUCAUCAUCUGCUGGACACCGUACUACCUGCUAGGACUGUGGUAUUGGCUAUUUCCUGACAAAAUGGAGGAGAUGGUUUCCCACUCACUGACUCACAUGCUGUUUAUCUUUGGCCUCUUCAAUGCCUGCCUAGAUCCCAUCACUUAUGGUCUGUUCACCAUUCAUCUUCACCAGGGUCUUAAGAGGUGCUGUCGGAGAUCAAACACACGGACUGAAUUAGAAAAUAACACUUGCCUUAUUCACAUGUCUGGCCUGUCGUCUCGCAGGCAGACUGCCUCAGGUGGCCACAACAUAGACAAAGAGGAGGGUAAUGACAAGAACAGAAUGAAAAGUGGCUCAAGGCCAAUCAUCCCAGUAAGCAAAAUAUGAUAGCAUAAAGAAUAUUAAUAAAAAAAGAAUCUCUGCUCUUAAUCAGUCCUGAGCUUAGUCUUUUACUAAUGAUGGCAGCUAGCUCAGUGAUUUUGCUUUGAAUUGCUGAAGCUCCACAAGAAUUCAAUGUCUUUUGUCAGACAAAUCUGUUCAUUUUUGUUCCACUGAUAUAAUCAUUGCUGUGUUAUAGCUUAGCCCUGGUCUGUUCAUCCCGCACAACAUCUGUCAUACAUAAUAUCUCGGAUGCCACUGAUAAGACUUUGACUAAACAGCUGCAGAGCGAUGCAUAUCGCUGCUCUUGAGCAGCAUUUACGAAAUCACCAUGAUUGGCGGAGGGUGACGCUGCACGUCCCUCAGAAUGUCUCACACACUGCUGAUUAGAUUUUCAGGAAGCUUAAAGACACACGUGGGUAAGUACCUCUCUUGGUAACAGUGGGUUAAAAAAAGAUCUUUGAUUAACAAGUUGAAAGGUAGUCAUACUCACAGUACUCGCACACCCACAAAAACAUGUACACGCUCAUGUCAUAAGCACAACUACUGGGUUUUAGUGGGUAGAUCUCAUGAUUUCCUUUGUCAAAGAAAUCAGAGAAACAAAUUGUGUACAUAUAAUUAAAUGAUUAGAUAUAAGCUAAGUCUGUGAUUAAAAACAAUUACCACACUGUUAAAAUAUAGCUUUGACGAUUUAAAAUUUUUAUUAUACGGUGGGUUGUUUUCUCCUGUGCUGAUCAUUGCUUAUAUCCUGAAAACUGCGCCAACAUUCAUGGUGCUUUGUGUGCAAUAUAAAAAACUGAUUGUUUUGCUGCAAAAAUUAAUGUUAUAUGAUGAUCGUUACUGACUGUGAUGGCCUUUUAAGUAAAUGUUAUGACAUGCAGUAGUAUGUAUUGAAUGUACCUGCACAGCAUGUUGUUUAAUUAGUUUGAGAUCAAUUCUCUGUUUACUUUGUUGCACAGAAGUCACACUGGAGACGAAACUCUAUGAAGUAACUAUUAAGUAAUUCAUUGUUAUUUGGUAUGUUUUAUUAUUAUUAGUUAUUUUGUAUUAGCGUAUUAUGUUGUGAAUUUUGUUGCUUUCUGUAACCAAGAAAUGGAUAAGAAAACAGUUUAAAUCUGGUACUUUAAGACUCUGUGAUAUUGUUAAGUUAACAGUAAACAGUUUAUUUACUUUUAUGAUAUGUUGUUGCAACCCCUGCAAAAAAGAGUGAUCAAUACCAUGUGUUUGUUUGCAUGAUAUUAUUACUUUUCUGCAGGUUAUGCAAGAUGUAAUGUAAAUUUGCAAUGUGUUUAUUUGUUGAAUAAAAC